CAAGGUUACAGGGCUUGCUGACGACCUUGACAGUGUCUUACAUAAUUAUUAGGAGGUUUAUCUGUCGUCAAUUUAUAUUUCUUGGAAACAUUGACUACCGUAUAUGUGUCUUGAUAUCCCACUUGUCACACUACGGCACCUUGAUCACUUUGGUUGCUACUGCUACAUAGUUCAUUUAAACAAAUCGAUCCUGCGAAGUGAUUUAUAAUUAUUGUAUCUGUGUUUUACUAACUAUUCACUAACGGCUCAAUACUCCUACUGUUUUAAAGUGCUAUAAACAAGACGGGCUGAUUAGUGUGGGUUGUCGCAUUAUGGUUAUGCUCUUUUCUGUUGUAUCAAACUAAGCACUCACCUCUUGUCCGCUGCUGCACUAAGCAGGGUUACGCGUGUAUUGUAUUGCCGGUCUUAUUUACUUAUGCUUAAGUGGAUUGUUUGUCAUGUCAGAUCUGUCCUGUAAUGCAGAUGUAACAGAUUCUUUUAACAUUACACAGAACACACCUAUUCCUAAUUCAAAUUGCACUUUGUUGAAUGAUGUAAUCGUUGGAAAUUAUAAUGACUGUGAUCCAUGUGCUCAAGGUCCGUCAGUUAAAAAACCUAGGUUAUUUGAGCAACAAGAUACUCUUUGUACAUUGAAUAAUGGUUUCAAGGAUGGUUACAAUAUAUGCAACUUAAAAAGCUUGCCAGAACUUCAAGAAGAACUUAAAAAAGUUCGACUCUGUUUCGAUUCAAAAUUAAAACUUGCUCUAAAAGAAAAAUUGUCCAAAUAUAUAUCUUUUAUUGAGACAACAGAAAAAACAGUAACUAGUUUAAAGGAAGAAAUAAGUCAAUUAACGGGUCGAAUGGAUUUCAUUGAGUCUUCAUCAAAAGACUUGACAAAAUUGAUUAAUGAGCGAAUUCCUUUGCCUGCUCCAACAAAUGGUAUUGGUCAGUCGAGAACUCUUUCUUCUCAAGCUCCUCGUUUACCUUUACCAUCUCAUUCUCCUUCGGUAUCCGCGCCAGAUCGAUCUAUACAAACAGUGAAUCCUUUGAAUCGACAGCCGAAUCUAACUUCAUCGAAUUCUGCUUCAUCUAGAUUAUUAUCCGUUCUACCGAAAACUUUCGAACUUCAGUGUGUUCCUCCUCAAACUGCAUCAGGUACAGUUUUAGCUAUCCAGGUCAAUGAUACUAUUGACCUAACAUCAGACACUAAUAUAGAAAAUGCUUGGGAAGAACAUUUGGUUUCUGGCUCAACAAAUACGAAAAAAAUGAAUAAGCACAGUGCCACACCUCUUACAAAUUUACAGAACGGGAUUAUUUCCACAAUGAAUGUUCCACCUUCAUUCACAUUUGACACUGGUAGUAGUUUGGAUAAUGUGAAUUCAAAGCAAUCAUAUUUGAACUUGGCAUCUUUACCUCAAGCUCAGAAUAUCACUACUAAUCAAAUAACCAAUUCUCUACCAUACUCUGUUAUUCCCGAUGUUCAACUACUUCCUGUUGCUUUGCUACCUCCGGUCCCAACACAACCGGUAACUAAUAUUAACCAUCUUCCAUUGCAACCUGUUCCUCAGCUAACUAUUGCAGAAGCAGCUGAAGGAGUUUGUUUACAAUGGUCUAUUACAUAUCCAAUUGGGUCAUUUGAACCUGCUAUUUCUUAUGAAAUUUAUAGUUAUGCUUCAUCUGAAGUUAAUUUAGUCACUGUUCAAACAUCAUUACCAUGGAAAAAGGUUGGUGAAGUAGCCGCUUUACCUUUACCUAUGGCGUGUACAUUAACUCAUGUUCAAGCGAAUAAUAUGUAUUAUUUUAUUGUUAGGUCAGUUGAUCGAUUGCGUCGAUAUAGUUCAUGGUCAAAUGUUGUAAAUGCUUAUGUCAGUUGAAAAGCACCAAGACAUUGUCAAUAACCCUGGGGAUUUGAUUAAUGUCCCUCCCUUGAAAUAUUCCUUUACAAAUGAAGAUAUGUGUACUUUUUUUAUUGCAUUUACCCAGCAAAAAUACGUCUGUACAGUUCUCAUCUAUGUCAGGAUGUGUGUAUGUAUGUAUGUAUGUAAAUUUUCUUUUCUUUGUAUUCAGGGACUUUAGCCCUAAAUUGAUUUUCCCUCAGUUAUAUACUUUAAUAUUUUGUAAUCUAGAUUAAAUAUGUAUCACAAUGAAA